AUGCCAGGGCUACUUAAGGCCACCGCCGGUACGGCGAGGAAGCGUAGACACGAUGGAGAUAUCAGGCCUCGGAAGGCACCAAAGACGAAAGCCAGCGGAGAGGAUGCAGAGACGAAGAUCUUGCGACUGGAGCAGGAAGUACUGCAAGGCAAGGAACACUACAACAACAUCGUCGAGCUGCAGAACGUCGUCAGCAAGAUCGAUAGCAAGUCUGAGACCUCGACACUUGCAGCCGUCGCAUUGUGUCGAGUCUUCUGCCGUCUAAUCGCGGGGGAGGAGCUGGUCAGAAGCAGUAGUGCUGGGGAGAGUGAGGCGCAGGUGGUGCAGUGGUUGAAAGCGCGACUUCGGGACUACGUAGACAGCCUGGCAACAUGGCUUGGCGGUCGAGAGCCAGAAAUGGAGAGUCUGGCCUUGAAUCUUCUUAUGCGGGUGGUCAAGCAAGAAGCCUCGCAGGGUGGGCGACGAUCAGAACAGGCUUGGCGGACUGAGAGCUCGACUUUCUAUGUUGUGAUCAAGACUCUUAUCGAGGAUACAGAUGCCGAGGGUCCAAGGGCGGAGUUCGUGGAGACGUAUCUGGAGGAACAUGAUGAUGUCCGGUAUUACACUUUCGUCGCCAUCAAGCAGGUCCUCAAAACCACCAACGAGGAUGCGGAGGAAGUCGCGACCAACGCUGUGGACAUUCUAGCAUCGAUCGAAGGAGUGCCAAACUCGGACGACCAGCUGGAAGACUGGUACGGGGAACCGCCCUCACCAGAAAAUAAGCAGCUCGUCUCACUAAACGCACAUCGCAAAGUGGCGCAGGAGGCAUGGCUAUCAGUCUUCCGAUCACCACUCUCACGCGACACCCGGAAACGUCUCCUAAGCAUAGCGACCACGCAAAUAUUACCCUGGUUCGCAGCGCGGAUGGAAAUGCUCGCCGACUUCUUGACCGACUCGUUCGACCAAGGAGGCAGUCUUGCUCUGCUGGCCAUGAGUAGUAUCUUCCACCUCAUGACGGAACGAAAUCUAGACUACCCAGACUUCUACACCAAGCUCUACAGUCUCCUAGACGAGGAUGUUCUGCACAGCAAACACCGAUCACGAUUCUUUCGAUUACUAGACACCUUCAUGUCCUCGACCCAUCUCCCAGCAACAAUGGUAGCAUCCUUCAUCAAACGCUUGUCCCGUUUAAGCCUGCACGCCCCACCCGGCGCAAUCGUCUGGAUCGUGCCGUGGGUGUAUAAUAUGCUCAAGCAUCAUCCAGCAUGUACAUUCAUGCUUCACCGACUAUACCACCCUGCUCACGCCAUCUACGUGAACAACUUAGACUACACCGAACAAGGCAUGAACGACACCUUCGACCCCCUGCAACCCGACCCAAACAUCACUGGCGCAAUCGACUCCUCCCUCUGGGAACUGGAAACACUGCAAUCGCAUUUCCACCCCAAUGUCGCCACGCUAGCGAAAAUCAUGGGCGAGCAGUUCACAAAGCGGGAGUAUUCGCUCGAGGAUUUCUUGGAUCAUAGUUAUGCUACGCUUGUGGAUGCUGAGCUGGGGAAGGAGGUGGGGAAAGUGCCGGUUGUGGAGUGGGAGAUUCCGAGGAGGAUUGUGACGUGGGAUGGUGAUGAGGUCGAUGGUGGUGUUGGGUUGAACAAGGUGGGAGAUUUGCUCAAGAGCGCGCUGCAAGUCAUGACAUGA